GAGAGCUCUAUUUUCUUUUCGCGCUGUUUUAUUAUUAUUGUUUCGCCAUUUUCGUCUCUCCGUUCCAUCGCCUCUACCUCUCGAUCCGAAUUCCUACGCUGAAGAUCGAUUUCUGUCGUUGUUGUCGUGUAUAUUCCUCGUUUCGUCUUCUCGACUGACGUCUGCUCGAACUGCUUCUAGGGCGAUUUAGGCUUUGGUCGAGGGCUAGGAGGAUGACGCAGAGCGGGAAGUUGAUGCCAAAUCUCGACCAGAACAGCACCAAGCUCCACAAUCUUACCGUACUCCAGCGGGUCGAUUCCUUCGUGGAGGAGAUCCUCAUGACCGCUGCCCAUGUCACCGUCUACGAGUUCAACAUCGAGCUCAACCAAGCCGUAAAGACGUGGAAGGAUCCUUAUUCGUUGUCAAGAGAUAAUCUAGUUGAGAAUCUUUUGGGAGAUUUUGAGUAUGAAGUUCAGGUUCCAUAUCUUUUUUACCGAAAUGCUGCUCAAGAAGUCAAUGGCAUUUGGUUUUAUAAUUCACUUGAUUGUGAAGCAGUGACAAAUCUUUUUCUCAGGAUACUAAAUGCUUAUUCUAAAGUGCCUCCAAAGCCUAAGGUAACUUCUAAAAGUGAAUUUGAAGAGCUUGAAGCUGUGCCUACUUCAUCAAUCAUUGAAGGCCCUCUUGAGCCGACAUCAGCUGCUACACCAACUCCCGAUGUUGCUGAUGAGACAUUUGUGAAGUUCUUCAGUAAUGCUGAAAUAUCGAAAACGCAUCAAUUGCAGCAAUCAGCGACCAGUCACCUCUUGCUUCUGUACCUGUUCCUGUAGCUACGCAAGCAUCAAGCCUCAAUCCUCAAUCCACCUGUUUUGCCAACUGUUCAGUCAGUAUCCGUUCCGUCAGUUCCAUCCACUCCCCAAUUGCUGAUUUUGGAUAAUCUUGAAUCUAGCAAUGGAAGCAGCAGCAGCCCUACAAAUCUGGUGAAACCUUCAUUUUUCUUG